CGGCCCACACAAGCCACACGUUGCAUGUCUCUUACAUAGACAAGACGGUUCGGCUCUCCGUUUCACUGGAAAUGGUUUAAUUUUAGAAUUUCCGUUCAGCCCUACUUGGACAUAAUGCGUGCACUGCGUUUAGUUGUGGAUUUUGACAUGUGCUAGCGUGUCGCUAAUUUGUUUUAUUUUUCUAUUCAGUGUCAGUGGUAUUUUAUUGUCAGUGACUAAUGUGAGAUAGUGCCGAUAGUGGCCUUUUGUGUGUUUGUGUUAUACUGCUUCUAUACGAUCAAGGCUGUUUUACAAGUGAACGCGCGUGACAUACUCCGAUGUGCUGUGUAUAAUAUCACACGUAUUUUCCUCAACGGCGAGAACAAAGAAGUCCUUUCGCGAAUUUAAUUUCAUCACUUUCCAACUAGCGACGCACCAGCCUGUUGAUCUAACACGUGUCGCGUCCGUGCAUACGUGAAAACGAGAGGAUGCGAGCGUUCGACGCGCGCGUGCAAUAAAAAUCGAAUGCAAAAAUGAUUAAAAGGAACGGUGAUAAUGUAUUUGCGAUCGCGUCGAGUAACAAUCAGUGUCAAGGCGGUCGGAGCGCCGUCUCGCUCUGUCCCGGCAGCGGCGGCGGCGGCGCGGCCACGAGGAUCCCGCGCGCCACUGCCGCCAGGAUGACGCCGCCCGACGCGCAACAACACACCAAGGAGGCUAACAUCGCGAUCUCCACAUACGUCGAAAAGUGGAAAAACAGAUACGAAGAGGCCGAGCGCAAACACAAAGCGUAUUUACUUAAAACCGAAAAAGCUAAGCGAGAGUACGAUGACUUACAAAGGAGAUACAACAUCCUGUUUGAGGAGCGACAGCAUCUGGAGUCGGAGCUCAGGGAGAGGUCCAGGGAGCUCGGCAAGCUCAAGAAUGUGUCGGAGAAGCUGUUCAAUGAGUACCAGCAGAUCAAGAACCAGAGGGAUGUGGACGCUGGAGUUAUGCACAAGGUGAUGCAGCAGGCGGGCGAGUGGUACAAGGAGAACAAGCAGCUGAAGCGGCGCAGCACGGCGCUCAUACAGGCGCUGCCGCCGCGGGCCAUAGACUUCGACUACACCGACGCUAUCGAUGCAGCUUCAGACAGCAGCAGCAAUGAGGAGGUGGAGUUCCUGAAGAGUACGGUGGCGGAGCUGUCGGCGCAGGUGGCGGCGCUGCAGACCGACCUGCAGGCUGCCAGGCUGCACGAGUUCGAGGCGCACGAGGCCAAUGUCGCUAUUGGACAGGAGUUAGAAGCAGAGAAAGAGAAGUCAGCGGCGCAGGAGAAGGAGUUGCAGGAGCUGCGCAUCCAGCUGGAGAGACACAACCGGGUGUCCAAGCUGCUCAUGGAGGAAGUCACCGGCCUGAAGAACAAUGCCGACAAGGAUCGGGAGAUGGCUGAAACAUACAGAACGGAAGCCCGCGCAGCGAAGAAGCGCGUGAAGUUACUGACCCACCAGAGCAGCCUGCUGCUGGGGUCCCUGCUGGGCGGCGACCUGCCGCCUGACGAGAGGCUGCAGAGGUUGCUGCACGAGGUCGACUGCCUCAAGGACGCGCUCGAGGACCAGGCACUCCGGCACAGGGACCAACUCGAUGAACUACAGCUAAAACUAGCAGAAAAACACGAGGACACAGACAUCUUACUAUGGGAGGAAAAGAUCCGUCUAGCUGAGGAGGACGCGCAGAAAGCUCUAGAGAGGGCCGAGGUGGCUGAGAGGAAACUGAGGGAACUUCAGCAGAGGAACACCAGACCACAGCCCAGGGAUAACCUGAUGGCCAGGAUAUCUUACUUCGAGCAAGGGGGGCAGAAGAAGAUCGAGGAAGUUAAAGAGGAAGUUGCCGCAGUUACUGCUCCAACAACAAGCACGUUACCUCCACAACCUCCGGAGCCAACCCCAGCGCCAGUUCCCCCACCGGCUCCUUCAGUCCCCGCUCCCCCUCCCCCGCCAGUAGCGCCACCCCCUCCCCCGCCAAUGGUGGCUCCCCCUCCACCCCCGCCGCCGCCACCCCCUCCGGCCCCCGUAGCAUUCGAGCCAUCGGGCGCGGACGACAUGGCGCAGAUGUUGGCCAACAAAAGCGGCACGCUCAGGAAGAGUAAGCAGAAUGGCGCUGAUUGUGGUGGGGCAAUAGACGCAAUAGUAGACCAGAUCAAGGGGGGCAAGUUCCACCUCAAGUCCACCGACCAGAAGUUCACGGAGAAGAAGGCCAAGGAGGAACAACCGGAGGCUGUGAAGGAGAUGCUCGCCAUCCUCGGCACUCUGCGCAAGAGGAGGACCACUGCCCGACCUGGGUUUGUGGAACCCGACGUCUGAGGGACGGGGGGAACUAGAGGUACCAUUCGAUUUCAUGAAGACUACUGUUUUUUGCUCAUCAGAUGGUGCUGAUUUAUGCUCAUGUUCAUGCAAAAAUUUAAUGUCCAAUGACACUAGCUAAUUUUGUAUUUUUUUUUAUGGUAUAAGCCGGUAAACGAGCAUAUGCUAUACAUAGUAUAUCAAGUAUAUCAACUGAUUGACAAGCAAUCAUCGUCGCCCAUAGACACUUGAAACACCAGAGGUGUUACAGGUGCCAAUGGCACGUGGCAAGUGUCUUGCCUUUUGGGGGUUACGAAUUUAUGGGUAGUUGGGAAAUCGGGGAUUGGGAAGGGCCUCUGGUAACCUCACUCACACAACGCAAGCGUUGUUCCACAUCAGUUUUCUGGUCGGCCGUGGUAUCACUCCGGUCGAGCCGGCCCAGCAGUGCCGAAACAUGGCUCUCCCACACUUAAAAUUGUAUUGAACAAACUUAUUAGCUAUAUUGGUGCCAUCUGGUGAGUAUAAAACGGUAGCCCUCAUUAUUGUUGAGUAAUUAGGUCAAUCGUAUCUGACUAUGACUAAUUGUAUGUUGUUUAUUUUCCUUUUAAAGACAAAACUAUUGUUUAUGCACCUUUUGACACAAGCAAUGUACUUAUGCAUUUAGAACAGUACCCUUAGUAUGAGUUUGCAUUUAAAGUAAUCGAAACGAGAGCGCUUUCGGUGUUUUCAUUGGCUGGCUCGAAUAAACCAACCAAUCAGAGCACCGAUCGCACGCAUUCGAUUAUUUGAAACGUAAAGCAAACUCGUACUAAGGGUACAGAUAUAUUAAUUCAGAGAUGUCAAUAUUAAACUUCAAUGACAUUAUUUAACUAUGAUAUGACAUAUUAUGAUACUUGAAUUACUGCUGUACAAUAUUAGAUGACAGUCUCUUUAAAAUAAGUGUUAUGUUGUAUGACGGCCAUGAAUUGAUAACUUGUUCAAUUUGAACAAAAGAAAUCUUAUUUUAGACUAUAUUUUGUUCCAAGACAGAUAGCAUUUUUACACUAAUGUUCUCAUAAAUAUUUGUUAUAUAUAUUUACAAUAAGAUAGACAUACAUUGUGCGACUAUUACUUUUUAUAUGUCACCUAUGAAGUUGCCAGGUUUCAUAGGUACAAAUCUAUUAUUAUUUGUAAUAGUUUAAGAGACACGUGUUAUACGAAUUGAGAAGCUAUAGUUAAUGUAAUAAGGAUUAUAUUUCAUCAAUUUUAUGUCUAGAUCGAGUGUCAGUUUAGUAAAGUAAGGUGAUUCUUAUGACUACUAUCUAAGGGUUAUGUUUGAUUGAUGUGUGUCAGUAGUAUUACCAGUUGACAAAAUACUGCCAUUAAAAUAGGGAGUAGUAAAUAUUUACCGAUUACAAGAUAAUAAUAAUAAGUCGAUAUUAUUGAGUCGGGAAUCGAACCCGAGAUACCUAGCCCGGCAAUCGCACUUGCCACUCGGCAAACGGGCCAAGUAUUACUGGGUUUUUUUUUUCAGUUUUUCGAAAAGUUCUCAGUAGUAGCACGGAGUCUGGAAUAGUGCCCGGUGUAUGGAAAUAGGCUCACCACCUAUUACAAGGGACUUAUAACACAAAUGGUGAAACAUAUCUACUAUAAAUUGUUUAUUUUCUAAGCUUCUGUGGUGUUGAUACUCUAACUAGACAUAAAAUUGAUGUAUAAAACAGACAUAUCUAAAGGAAUUGAUUUACAUAUUUAGUAAGGAUCACUAUGACAAGUCGAUAUUAUUAUAUCUACUUCCAUUAUAGGUAAAUAUUUAGUAAAACGUGAAUAUGUUUAAUGUAUAGUACAUGAAGAGUGCCUUAUAAGUGUAUUUGUGCCAAUUUUAUAAUUCGUGUAUUUCUGCCAUUUUGUCCAGAGUUGCCAUUAGAAUAAAUAUUUAAUGUUGACUACUAAAAAAAAUAUAUUUGUAAAUUAUUUCAAAUGUUUGGUUGUGUAUCGAAAUUGUUUUUAUUUAUUUUUUCUUUAAUUGGAUUGUGAUUGAAAAGCAUUUAUUUUCAAAAUUGAAUUUUGUAAGAUUUAUUUAUAUUUUAUUUAACCUUGAGAAUGGACAAUACCUUAUUUUAUUUUUGUAUACGAAUUGAAACAUUUUAGUAAAAUGUACCAUUUCUUAUUGUCUGCUAUCUCUUUUCAAUACUACCUGUUAGAAAGAGACAGAAACAGUUUAUAUGCCGUUACAACUUAUGAAAGAUAUUAUGACAAAUACCUAUUAAAAUAUAUUGUUAUAACUAUUUGGUUAUAUUAGUUAGUUUAGUUACAAUAUAAGUGUAAUGAUCUGAAAUACUCUAAGGUAAUGUUUAUAGUAUUGUAUAGUUUAUUGUAACUUUUUAUACCUAUUGUAAAGUUUACUGAGUUGUGGAUACUGCUUGCGUCUUGUGCACGUUUAAAUAAUAAUAUUAAUACGUAAAAACUUUACGCCUUUUUAAUAAUGCCAUAAAAUCAUCUUUCUAUUAUAAAAAUCAAUUGCUGUUUGUUAGUCUCGCUAAAACUUGAAAACGGUUGGACCUAUUUGAUUAAUUUUGUUCCUGAAUUGUUUGUGGAAGUCUAGGGAUGGUUUAAAAGAUGAUAAAAAAUAUGUUUGAGGCGGUACGAAGUUUGUAUUUUAUAAGUUAUUUGACCUCUAUUAUAUGUGGACUAAUAACAUAACUGAAAUCAAGUGGGUGUACAUUGUACAGUCGUAAUUUACACCUCUACCUACCCUAUCAGGGAUAAAAGGCGUGUCGGUAUAAAUAGAAUGUAUUUAAGCGUGUACAAGUACGGCAUGGUUCGUAUACUGAAGUUACCUGCGGUGCCAUCGUCCGUCGUGGAUAUGUCGAAAUUGAAGCAUUUUGUAAAGUAUUAUUUACUCUAGCCUAAGUAUACACUCAACGUUUUUAUUAUACAAUAUAGAUUUAUACAAAUAUAA